UAGAGGGGUGUGGAAGUAUCAUGCGUUCCGGGUUGAUAGUAACACAAUGACCUCUCAUUUAAUCACUGAGCGUUGAUUGUAUAUCAGAAAUAUACAUUCACUAGAGGUAAAACGGAGGAAAGUACAGAAGUGUAGGUCUUCAGUGACGGUAACAGGCUCAGAUUAUAUGAAUGUAGUCAGAGCCGUAGUUAACGUGAUGGCGCACAGGUGCAGGUGCUCCUGUGUUCCUCAUGGAUGGCUGCAACAACCAAGUCCUUUCCCCAGCUCCUAACUAAAACCUUGAGCUCAUCAAUAUGGAUGAGACUGGACAGAAGUACUUCACUCCCAUUGACUUUGUGUUAUUUGCUCUGCUCCUGGUGGCCUCCAUGGCCAUAGGGCUGUAUUAUGCCCUCUCUGGAGGACGGCAAAGGACCACACAGGAGUUCCUGUUGGCUGACCGGAGCAUGAGGUGCCUGCCCCUUUCCCUAUCGCUCAUGGCCUCGUUCCAAUCCGCUGUUGCUAUUGUGGGGACGCCAGCAGAAAUCUACACCAAUGGCACACAGUACUGGUUCAUUGGCUGCGCUUAUAUCCUGGGACUCCUGGUCCCAGCCCACGUCUUCGUUCCAGUGUUCUACAGACUCCAUCUCACUAGUGCUUAUCAGUAUCUGGAGCUGCGCUUCUCGAAAGCAGUCCGAAUAUGUGGAACGGUGACCUUUAUUUUUCAGAUGGUUAUUUAUAUGGGUGUUGGUGUAUACACUCCAGCUCUCGCACUGAAUGCAGUUACUGGUUUUCACUUGUGGGGAGCAGUAUUAGCAACUGGACUAGUGUGCACAAUAUACACAGCACUGGGUGGACUGAAAGCGGUCAUUUGGACUGAUGUGUUUCAGACGGUAGUGAUGUUUGCCGGUCAGCUGGCUGUUGUCAUAGUGGGCGUGCAGCAAGCUGGUGGUAUUUCUGAGGUCUGGAGGAAAGUCACAGAGGGAGGCUUGAUCUCUGGCCUUGACCUAAAUCCUGACCCGACUGUGAGACACACCUUCUGGACAUUGGCGUUUGGUGGUGUGUUUCUGAUGCUCUCUCUAUAUGGAGUAAACCAGGCACAAGUCCAGAGGUACCUUAGCUCUCGCACAGAGAAAGAGGCUAUAAUGUCAUGCUACAUGGUGUUUCCCUGUCUUCAGGUUGCCUUGGGUCUGAGCUGUCUCAUGGGACUUGUUAUGUUUGCAUGUUAUGGUGGUAACAGCCCAUUAGACAAGCAGUAUGUCAAAUCUAAAGAUCAGAUGGUCCUAUACUUUGUCAUGGACAUGCUGCAGGACAUUCCUGGACUACCUGGACUGUUUGUUGCAUGUUUAUUUAGUGCAUCCCUAAGCACAAUAUCCUCAGCGUUCAAUUCCUUGGCCACAGUAACAAUGGAGGAUUUCAUUAAGCCUCAUUAUCCCUCUAUAUCAGAGGCUAGAGCCACCCUACUGUCCAAAAUACUCGCCUUUUCAUAUGGCCUUUUAUGCCUUGCUAUGGCCUAUGCUGUCCAUCUGAUGAACAGUUCUGUUUUGCAGGCAGCUCUCAGUAUCUUUGGGAUGGUCGGUGGUCCCUUGCUGGGACUUUUCUGUCUUGGGAUAUUUUUCCCCUGCGCCAAUAGCACUGGUGCUGUAACAGGGCUGAUCGCUGGUCUCAUCAUGGCCUUCUGGGUUGGCAUUGGUGGGUUUGUGGCUCGGAUGUCAAGCGCUGCCAUUGAGCGUCCAUAUAACAGCACUUAUCUGGUAUCAACAGAAAAUGUGACCUUGACUACAAUGACUUCAAUAUUAACUCCAGUCACUGAUAAACCGAGUACACCUGUUGGACUACAUGGUCUCUAUUCCCUGUCAUACAUGUGGUACAGUGCCUUCAACUCCACUGUUGUGGUUCUUAUUGGACUUCUUGUCAGUCUCAUCACAGGUCCAAUGAAGAAAAGCGACUUAACAGUUGGUACAGUUUAUCCUCUACUGGAUAACAUAUGCUUUUUCCUACAAAUCCUGCUGAAGUCCAAACUUUGCUGUGGCUCAUCUCCAGAACACAGGCAAAUUACUACACAUUGUGAACAAAUGAAUGGUGUUGCCAAGCCAGAGAAAAAUACUGGAACAGAAGACGAACGAGAGACUUUUCUGCCAAUAAACCAAAGAUCUUACUUGGAGAAGGAAACCUCAGUGUGACAGACUAUCAGAAACACAGUCACUUCUAAUUAGAAAUGCAUUGGACUUCGAUAAUAUACUGUACUUUGUUUGUUCACAAAGUCUGUUGUUCAUUUGAGCUGAGCCUAGGAGGAAGCUUUUUUUUCCUCUCCUUUUUUUAGGCUGUGGAUUGGUCAUCUAAAAAGCUGCUUACAAACAGGAACAAUUGAGUGUUGGUGAAAUUUAGAAAUGAUGUAGAUGGUUGCACAAGCCAGAUGGAAGGAAAUCAAUGUUUUUUUUUUAAACAAUUGACUUGUUCAAAAAAAAAAAAAAACUUGGAGUCUGUUCAUCAUAAUUAACUUUAUCAUUGUUGAAACUGUUGUCAGAUUUGUUGCCAAGGUAACAAUCUUGUUUGACAUACUGUAAAAAUAAGAUUGCACAUUUAUUUUAAUGCAUACAGUAUAUUAGUAAAUACUUCAUGUGGUUACUAAGACAA